GCUUGCAUUCAUGGCAAUUUAGAUAUUAAUUUGAAAUUUGAACGAUUUAACUCCGGCUUUUACUCUGUGAGAACCUGAACCUGCAGCAGUAAUGUUCUCCAUCUUCUCUCACGUCCAUCUAGCUGAGAACCUGACACGCGAAUCUUGCCUCCUACUUCUCGUUUGUCUUCUCCCUGUUCCCGUCUGCAACACAAGCAGUCACUACAACAACCACCGAGACAGCUGUAUACACAGUCUCUAAAUACCUGCUCCAGACCACAUCUCUACCACAACCCAAUAUCCUAGUCAAUCUCAGGCCAUGGCUCCAGCGCUGUGGGCGGCAGACAACCAUCCUGAGCCAGGCCAACCUUACUGUCGAUCCAGUUCCUGUGGCCAGUCAAACUUCACAAGCCUGAAGCAAGAGGAUCAAAAGCGGCAAGCUUUCUUGGGAUUGUUUAAGCCCUCAAAAUUCCACUUCUUCUGAUCGAUCCAGCGACUUCCGAUAUCGCAAUGGACGGGUUAACCCCUGUGGCUUUGCUCUUUGCACACCCUUCGUUCUCGCAGCGCAGCUAUUUUAAUUCAGGAAGAUGAAAAUUUUCUUCGCCUUCGUCCAAUCCCGUCAUGUUGAUCGGAUAGUGUGGGCCCAUGGCAACAUCGUUGGGUGGCUGCUUGCUGCAUGAUGCAUGCAUGACACCCGAAAGACCAUCUCGGCCAAAGAUCACAAAGGGAAGUUCGAUCAAGGGUGCUUUUCGUAAAGCGUCUAGCUGAAAUGACAGCGUUUGGAUGUAGGUAUCCAUUCAUGCAGGCGGUACCAUGGUACCGAACCAUGCGAGAACCAAGUCCACUCAAGCAUUUGCCUAGCCAAAGAUAUGCAGUACAAUCCAUUGAUGGGCCCUUGGGACGAAGCUUGGUCUGAAUCUUCGGAGAUCUUUCCUGUUCGUGAGGAUUCGAGUCUUCCUCCAUUCAACGCCAAUAUUUUGAGAGCUGUGUUUGAACGAGUUGACACCAAAGUGGACGACCGCAAUGGCCUUCAUCAAACAACUCGCGGGCUAUCCCAAGCUACUUCUCGCCGGAAAUCCAUCGCCACGCGACAUUGGAACUCUUCUGGUAGCUAUCGUUUCAGCCAUUGGCUCUGGAAUCCCCUUCCCAAUCAUCGGUAUCAUUUUCGGUCAACUUCUCGACGACUUCAAUGCAGCAACAUGUGAUCAAGCAGAGACGAGUUCUGGAGAUGACGAGCAGAAAGAUGUCAACAGCAAAAUCCUCCUGAUCGUGUACCUGGCAAUCGCUCAAUUCGUUCUGAUCUACGCUCACUUGCUAUGUUGGACACUGACGGGAGCUCGGCUUGCUCAGAGACUGAGGGAAACUUAUCUGCAGAACCUGCUCCGUCAGGAACCAUUGUUCUUCGACAAUUUGCCUCCUGGAGAAGUCGCAUCUCGACUCAACACCGACAUUCAAGCAAUCCGAUCUGGAACCUCUGAGAAGGUCGGAAUAUGUUUGUCCAGUUUCUCAUUCUUUGUCACUGCCUAUGUUGUGGCUUUCAUCAAGGAUACGAAGCUGGCAGCAAUGCUCAUCUCGCUGAUCCCAGCAUACUUCCUGAUGUCAUUCGUUGGAAGUCAUUACAUCGAGAAGUACUCCGGUCUCAUGUCAGAUUAUGCUGCAACAGCUUCGUCCAUCGCUUCAGAAGCUCUUUCGAACAUCGUUGUGGUUCAAGCUUUCGGAGCUCAUACUCGACUGGAAGAGAAAUUCUCCAAGGAGCUUAAAGCUUCCGAACAAGAGGGACUGAAAAAGGCUACGGCAGUUGGAAUACAAUCUGGAGUGCUGUAUUUUGUUGCCUACUCUGCCAAUGGUCUUGCUUUUUGGCAGGGAAGUAAGCAGAUUGCGGCUGCAGUGCGUCGAGAUAAUGGAGGAACCACGGUCGGAGCUGUUUUCACAGUUAUUUUCAUCCUGGUUGAAGCCUCUCUCCUCCUCAGUCAAGUCGCCCCAUUUCUCCAUAUGUUCGUGGCAGCUGUUGCUUCGUACCAAAAAUUGACCGGAGAUAUCGACCGAGUCCCAACCAUCGACGGCACAAGCGGAUCCGGACUUCGACUCACACAAUCGGAAGCUGGUUUUGAGUUCAGGGAUGUCUCAUUCACUUAUCCUUCUAGACCUGAGAUCACGGUUCUGGACAAGAUCAAUCUCAGUAUCCCAGUCAAUAAGCAUACAGCCAUUGUCGGACAGUCCGGAAGUGGAAAAUCAACUAUUGCAGCUUUAGUUGGGAGAUUGUAUGAUCCAACCGAGGGGCAUAUUUUAUUCGACGGCCAUGACCUAAAAGAUGUCAAUGUUCAUGACUUAAGGAGCUUUCUCAGCUUGGUUCAACAGGAACCUUCGCUUUUGGACCGAUCGCUGCUGGAAAAUAUCGCACAUGGGCUGAUCAAUUCGAGCAAUCCUAAUCAUACGCAUUUGAAGGCAACACUUCUUGGGUCCUCCUUGGCAGAUUUGGCAAGCGCAGUCCGAGAAGGUCAGGAUCUUCAAGUGGCAGCUGAAAACGCUGGUCCAGGAGUGGUCGAAAUUGUCAAAUUGGUCCAAAAUGCUGCAGCACUUGCAGAUGCAGAUGCUUUCAUCGUUGCAUUACAAUAUGGAUAUGGCACAGUUGUAGGAUCAAGUGGAAGACUGAUCAGUGGUGGUCAGAAGCAGCGGGUUUCUUUGGCCAGAGCCCUCGUCAAGGACCCCGCAGUUCUGAUUCUAGACGAAGCCACGGCAUCUCUCGACUCGAGAAGUGAGCAACGUAUUCAAAGAGCAAUUGCAGGGAUUUCAAGUGGCAGAACCAUGAUCUCAAUUGCGCAUCGUCUUUCAACCAUCACCAACGCAGACAACAUCAUCGUCAUGCACAAAGGACACAUUUUGGAGCAGGGAACCCACUCAGCAUUGAUGGCAAAGAAUGGAUCAUAUGCCGAACUUGUCAGAUUACAGACUAUGGGAGCCAAUCCUACAAAGACAAACUCGGAUGGCAUCAGCAAGUCUGAUGUGGAGUCGUUGACGGACAUUGAUACCGAAAAUAGUCUCUCGAUGGAUGCAGAGAAAAGCGAAUUAAUAGUAAGCGAAGCAGCUAUUGAGCCCGAAGAAGAAGAAGAAGAACCCGAAACUGCAUCCAAAACCCUCUGGUCACUAGUCAAAGGAUACGCACCUGCCAUACGACCCCAACUGAUUAUGAUCUUCAUCGCUCUUCUCGGCUCUACAGCCGUCGGUGGUGCAUUCUCUGCCGAAGCAGUCAUCUUUGGAAACACAGUCGGAACUUUGAACCCUUGCAAGAGUGCAGACAGUAUCCGAAGCAAGGGUGAAUUCUACGGACUCAUGUUCUUUGUACUAGCUAUUAUUGAGUUCUUCGCGAAUUUGAUCAGCUGGGCAGGCUUCGGUUGGGUUUCAGAGAAGACUGUUUUCUCGGUUCGUGUUCUUUCAUUCAGGUCGUUGAUGGAGCAGGAUCUUCAAUGGCACCAAUCGAAGGGUCGAACUCCUGCGAUGUUGCUCUCUUAUAUCACAAGAGAUGGCAAUGCAUUGGCUGGACUGAGUGGCUCUGUCGUUGGCACACUCUUCUCUAUCACAGUCAACCUCAUCGCAGCUAUUAUACUGACACACAUCAUUGCCUGGAGGAUAGCAUUGGUCUGCUUGGCAUUGGUGCCACUGCUUCUUGGCGCUGGUCUGAUGGAACUUCGAGUUCUCGGUCAAUUUGAACAGAAACAUGAGACGGCAUACACGAAGUCAGUCGAUAUCGGUGUCGAAGCAAUCACAUCCAUCAAGACUAUCGCUUCUUUCUCUCUGGAAGAAGAGACACUACAGACGUACCGAAAAUCACUCAGAGGGCCACGCAAAGAGACUUUCAGAGUCACAGUUCAAGCAAGUUUAUGGCAAGCACUUACGUACUUCCUUGGAAACCUCGUCAAUGCUCUCGCCUACUGGUGGGGAUCCAAACAGAUCAUCUCAGGCAAUUACACACAGACUCAGUUCUUGAUCGUGGUAUUCUCGCUUCUAGUCAGCGCUCUCCUGUGGAGUCAGAUGUUUGCCCUCGCACCUGAACUGUCCAGUGCGCGAGCAGCAAUGGCUAGGAUUCUGAGCUUGAUCGAGAUAGGAUCUGACAAGAUGCAAGGAAAUGUCGGGAAGCUUAUCACAGAUGUUGAAGCUACAGGCGAGAAGCAAUUGUCCGCACCAAAUACCCAAGCAUCAAGUGUUCAGCUUCGCGACGUUCAUUUCUCAUACCCCGCUCGUCCUGAUAUCAAAGUCCUGAACGGCCUGUCAAUCGAUAUAAGACCAGGCAAGUUCUACGCGCUUGUCGGACCAAGUGGGGCAGGAAAAUCAACAAUCAUUUCCCUCGUCGAAAGGUUGUACACUCCAUCCUCAGGCGGCAUACUUAUCGAUGGCGUCGACAUUACCAAACAACGCUCCGUCACAUUCCGCGACAAUAUCGCCCUUGUCCCCCAAGAAAGCGUCCUCUUCGAAGGCAGCAUCGAAUUCAACAUCGGUCUUGGCGCACGACCUGGCCACGCCGUCAGUCGCGCCUCUAUCGACGAAGCUUGCAAACUAGCCAACAUCCACGAUACGAUUAUGGCUCUUCCAGAAGGAUACUCCACUCUCUGCGGACCUAAUGGGAAUCAGUUCUCUGGGGGGCAGAAGCAGAGACUGUCGAUUGCGAGAGCGUUGGUGAGGAAGCCGAGUCUGUUGAUUCUGGAUGAGUCGACAAGUGCGUUAGAUGCGGAGAGUGAGAGAUUGUUGCAGGAUGGGUUGAGUAGGGCAGCAAAGGGGAUUACGGUUAUUGCGAUUGCGCACCGGCUACAUACUAUUAGGAAAGCGGAUGUGAUUUUCUUAAUUGAGGAGGGGAAAUGUGUGGAUAGUGGGAGCCACGAAGAGUUGCUUGGAAGGAGUGAGAGUUACAGGGCGAAUGUGAUGCAUCAGACUGUUGCGGAAUGAGAUUCUUCAAGUAUGAAAGAGAGAUGAUUAGAUAUAAAUGGAUUGCAAAUGAAUAUUCACAAGAUAAGAAUAUAGUCUUGAAGUUCUCCGCUCAGGGCUUCGAAUUACCGUCCUCAUCGGGCCACAAGACUUUUCCAGGUGUAUUUUCUUGCAACACCAACUAAUUUUCUCAGCGAUAUCUUCAUACUCCCCUUCUGCUUAUAGCAUCGUCACUGGUCAAUCUGAUAAAACACAGCACCCUGACGAGUCUCUCAAAGCCCAAGUCCCAGCCGCCCGUAAGUCCCAGAUCCAAGAUCCGAGACCCGGCAUCGACUCACUUCCCUGCUCUGACUCCUCCGAAAAGAAAGGAUGCAAUCCAACAAACUGAUACCUAUUCGCGUUAGACAAAUCAUCGAAAUCUUAGAUCACUUUUCCGAACCUCAGCCGGCCAUUCUCGGCUUUAAUGCCUCCCUUCUAAACGUACCCUUCCUUGCUGCCUUACCUAGGUAUGCAGUGAAGUGGACGGCAUAGGCAGAAAAGGCGUUUGGGCUACGGAAUCUAAUCAGAUCCAAACUAGUUCCCUACACCCUGACUGCAGCGACAGCCUAUUAACAGGGAUAGGGAGGGGGGAGAUAAUUGGGGGAGCAACAGGUUGUUGAUUGAUGAGGAACCUCUGGCUCUGACUAUAUACACCCACGCUAG